CAUCCUAGUCGAGUACAUCAUACAAUACGUGAUCUGUGUGCUUUCGCAAAAUGGCGGUGUGCAUAUUUAUUGUCAUCUGACCAGGUUUAAUCAAAUAUUUACCCAAAAGGUCACACUCUUGAGUUCACGUUUCGCCAGCAGCAUCCUCACAAGCGCCGAGGAGGAGGAAUUCAAACGGGCAGCCAAUAAAUGGAAUGGAGCGAGAAGAAUUGUCGGGAGAGCAGGAACAUGCGGAAACGUUGCAGAUGUACACCAUUCAGCGCCCAGUCUACAAUGAGGCCCACCUGCGGUCACGACUUCUCCACCGCAAAGAGAGGACCUCUACCAUCCGACAGAAGCUGGCGCUAUGGUUCCAGUGUUCGUCUCAGCGGGCAAAAGCCGCAGUUCUAAGCUUCCUGCCUAUUCUAACAUGGCUGCCAAACUACCCUGUGAAGGAAUACCUUUUCCAUGAUGUGGUCUCGGGCCUCAGCACAGGAGUUGUGCAGCUACCUCAAGGUCUUGCCUAUGCUAUGCUGGCUUCUGUGUCUCCAGUUUAUGGUCUUUACUCCUCAUUCUACCCAGUUCUGCUGUACACCUUCUUUGGCACAUCCAGACACGUAUCCGUUGGCACCUUUGCGGUAAUAAGUCUGAUGAUUGGCAGUGUUGCAGUAAGAGAGGCUCCAGACUCAAUGUUUCUUACGAUAUCUACCAAUGGCUCUAACGAGACCGCCAUUUUGGAUGUCAUGUCUCGUGAUGCCAGGAGGCUCCAAGUGGCCGUUGUGCUCACAACCCUUGUGGGACUCAUCCAGAUGGGUUUAGGUCUUCUCAGAUUUGGCUUUGUAGCGAUUUACCUCACCGAGCCUUUGGUUCGUGGCUUCACCACAGCCGCCGCCAUGCACGUAGUGAUUUCUCAGUUUAAAUACCUAUUUGGAGUGACGACAGAGCGUUUCAGUGGGAUUCUCUCUGCAGUUUAUAGUAUCAAGGCAAUCCUCAGUGACAUCACAAGCACUAAUGUCGCCGCUCUCAUCCUGGGCCUUGUGUGUAUAAUGCUUUUGUAUGGGCUUAAACAGCUCAACGAGCGCUUCAAGAAGAAACUACCCAUUCCUAUUCCUGGAGAGCUUAUUGUCGUCAUUUUGUCCACCGGCGCAUCUUAUGGUCUGUCACUGGCCGAUAAAUAUAAGGUGGAUAUUGUUGGAGAGAUACCAUCUGGGCUUCGCCUACCUGUUGUUCCAGCGUUCUCUCUCUUACCUAAUUUGGUCACUGACUCCUUCGCUAUUGCGAUUGUAGGCUAUUCCAUGGGAAUCUCUCUGGCCAAAAUCUUCGCCCUGAAACACAACUACAGUGUGGACAGUAACCAGGAGCUGAUUGCCCUUGGCCUAUGUAACUUCAUCAGCUCUUUCUUCCAAACAUUCACGGUCACUUGUUCCAUGUCAAGGAGCCUGAUACAAGAGAGCACAGGCGGUAAAACACAAUUGCCAGGACUUCUGGCAUCUCUCUUGGUCUUGCUGGUGAUCGUCGCCAUUGGUUUUGUCUUUCAGCCCCUCCCACAGACUGCAUUGGCAGCCAUCAUCAUGUCAACUGCUGGAAUGUUCAAACAGUUCAGAGACAUCCCAGCACUGUGGAGAACCAGCAAGAUUGAAUUGGCCAUCUGGCUGGUGUCCUUUGUGGCAUCUCUGCUAUUAGGCUUGGACUACGGCCUGCUGUUGGCUAUUGCUUUUGCUUUACUGACAGUCAUCUAUAGAACACAGAGUUGUUGCAUUUCAGUACGUCUGAAAAGGACCCAAAAAAAUGCUGUACUUGGUAGUGUUUCUGGCACAGGGCUGUACUACGAUGUGGAGGAGUAUGAAGAGGCAAUGGAAUGUGAGGAUAAGAUUUUCCAGUCCAACUCUUCAAUCUACUUUGCCAACUGUGAACUUUAUGUGAACACCCUCAAAGAGAAGACAGGUAUAAACCCAGAACACUUACAAGCUUCUAGAAACGUUCAGAAAAAAGAAAAGGAGAAGGCAAACCUCAACCUGACGCUAAAGGAUAAGGAACAAGGUGUCACCCAUGAGGUUUUGUCCUACAACGUGGGAGAAGAGCAGAAAAACGGCCAACUGAGAGACGGAAAUACCGAGUCAGACACUGAGGACGCGGUCUUCCUUCGUUCUGUCGGUGGCGUCCACUCCAUCAUCCUGGACUGGACACCUGUUAGCUUUAUUGACUCUGUGGGAGCGAAAGCCAUUAAGCAGGUAGUCAAGGAGUUUGCUGCAGUGGAUGUUCGAGUUGUCAUAGCUGGCUGCAACAGAACUCUUCUAUCUCAGCUUGAUGAGUUGCUGUUCUUUUCCGGAAUCAUCAGUCCUGAAAUGGUGUUCCCCACCCUCCAUGACGCCGUGUUGGACUGUCAACAUUCGGUACCCGCCCUGUGCCCCAACAUGGGACCGUUGUGAUGAUGGUUUGGACUGGAUAGCGCGGUUAUUGCACUGGUGAAUGUUCUUUUGCACUUUUAAACAGCGCUCCAAAAGAUAAGCUUGUUAAAAACGUCUUACCUGCAGCAAGUCUUUUCAGGAUUUGAAUGAAACAUUCGACAAGUUACUAUACUUCUUGUUACUGCAGUGUUGCAUUGUCAUUGUGUGUGCUGUUGUGUGGAAACCAGACUAGCUGACAAAUGUCAACAUUAGUGAUACCAGCCAUUGCUGUACUUGUGACUUUCACCACAGACAUUAGAUAUGUUAUACUCUUAUCUAAUGUAACUGCUGCAGUAAUUUUGUUGCAUGUCGACCUCAAAAAUAAAGCUUUCGUACUGUUGCAAA